CUUUCUUCUCCGGGAUUAUUUAGAUUGAAACUGGCAUAGUCAGAGAAUCAACAAAAGAUGGGCUGGCCAACAGAUAACAGCACAUUCCACUCCAACAUCCCUGAGGCUGCUGACCUGAUGGUAGCUGUGUUCUACUCUAUAUUUGGUGUAUGUUCUCUGGCGGGCAACACCAUUCUCCUCUAUGUGUCCUAUAAGAAGAAGAUGCUACUGAAACCAGCAGAAUUCUUCAUUAUUAACCUGGCUAUCAGUGAUCUAGGCAUGACCCUUAGCCUCUAUCCCAUGGCUGUGACAUCUAGUAUCUACCACAGGUGGUUGUAUGGUCAGACAAUGUGUAUUAUCUAUGCGUUCUGUGGAGUGCUGUUUGGUAUCUGCAGCCUGACCACCCUGACUAUCCUCAGUACAGUCUGCUGCCUCAAGGUCUGCUACCCGCUUUACGGUAACCGGUUUGGGGCAGACCACGGUCGUGUCCUGAUUGUGUGUGCAUGGGUAUAUGCCUUGGUAUUUGCGUGUUCCCCUCUACUCCAUUGGGGUGCAUAUGGUCCAGAGCCCUAUGGAACUGCAUGUUGUAUCGACUGGCAGCGCUCCAACUGGGAUAUUCUGGCCCGAUCCUACACGGUGGCGCUCUUCGUCGGAUGCUACAUCCUGCCCUGCUGUGUCAUCACUUCCUCCUACACACAGAUCCUGUUCACGGUCAGGGAGUCACGGAGAGCCGUGGAGCAACAUGUCACGCGGCAAACACGCAUGGGCAACAUACAGAGUAUGAUCGUCAAGCUGAGUGUGGCAGUUUGUAUUGGUUUCUUCACAGCGUGGAGUCCCUAUGCCCUUGUCUCUAUGUGGGCAGCGUUCGGUCACAUGGACUCCAUUCCUCCCAUGGCGUUUGCCAUCCCGGCCAUAUUUGCUAAGUCCUCCACCAUCUACAACCCCCUGGUCUACCUCCUGCUGAAGCCCAACUUCCGUCACCUGCUUUGUGAAGACCUUAAUUCCCUCCACAAGGCCUGCGUUCACCAAUGUCCUUGCGUCCGUCGCCUCCGCCGCUCUUCCUACCGCUCAGUCCUCUCAGUAACGCUGCGCUCGCUACGCCCGCCAGGAUCUGAAUCUAACUCAGCCCCUAACGCGGUCAGCGCUGUGACCCACACCGAGUUAUUGUCCUUCCGCUGCCCCUGUGAACAUUGCCAGGACACGUUUGAGUGUUUCCGACAGUAUCCGAGACGUUGUCACGUCCAUGUGAACACUGUGCAGCUCUCAGUACAGGAGAGUGUCUCUGCGGUGCCGCCCCCUCCACCAGGCCCUCCUGAGUCCCCGGUUAAAACGUUGCUCCCCAUGGCCAACACGCAGGACAGUGUACAUGUGAUUGUAGCCAGCAGGAAAAACUUAGAAAUAGACCGUCUAGAGAUUGCGCUGAAAUAGACCGUCUAGGACCCACCCACUCCGGGGCUGUCAGGAACCCUGAACAACACACAGAGACCUUUAUGCACCAACACAGUAACCUGAAUCGGUGAUAUUUUCUCAGAUUUACUGAGGAUCAAGAAUGAGUGACAGGGGCUGGUUAUCAAUAAGGAACACAUUCUGAGAAAUACUGGAUUUGAAAUGGGAA